AUGAAGAGAAAACUGGAGGAUGACAGCCCUCCGAAAUUGCCGUCAAAAUUCAACUUUACUGAACGAGACCUUCAGCGGCACGUGGAUUUCAACAUCAAAGGAUACGAUGUGAUAGUGUUUUUACACAUUCAAAAAACCGGGGGAACCACGUUUGGAAGGCACUUAGUUAGGAAUAUUCGUUUGGAGCAACCAUGCGACUGCAAGCCAGGGCAGAAGAAAUGUACAUGCCACCGACCAGGGAAAGAGGAGUCCUGGCUGUUCUCUCGAUUCUCUACGGGCUGGAGCUGUGGUUUGCAUGCCGACUGGACAGAGCUCACCAAUUGUGUACCUGUCAUCAUGGACAAGAAGGAAGCUCAAAAGAACAAAAGUGAAACAAGGGACUUCUACUACAUAACCAUGCUGCGUGACCCCGUCUCCCGCUACCUGAGCGAGUGGAAGCACGUGCAGCGCGGCGCCACCUGGAAGACCUCCCUGCACAUGUGUGACGGGCGCUCGCCCACACAGGACGAACUGCCCACCUGCUACAGCGGGGACGACUGGUCGGGCGUCACCCUAACCGAGUUCAUGGACUGCUCGUCCAACCUGGCCAACAACCGACAGGUGCGCAUGCUGGCCGACCUCAACCUGGUAGGCUGCUACAACCUGUCCUCUAUGAACGAGAGUGAUCGCAACCACAUCCUGCUGGGCAGCGCCAUGAACAACCUGAAGAACAUGGCCUUCUACGGACUGACCGAGUUCCAGCGCAAGACGCAGUACCUGUUUGAGCGGACGUUCAGCCUGCGCUUCAUCGCCGCCUUCACUCAGAUCAACAGCACGCGCGCCGCCAACGUGGACCUGAGCGAGGCCGUGCGCCGCCGCAUCGAGGAGCUCAACUAUCUGGACGUGCAGCUGUACGAGUAUGCCAAGGACCUGUUCCUCCAGCGUUUCCAGUACACCCGCCAGCGCGAGCACCAGGCGGAGCGAUUGAAGAGGCGCGAGGAGCGCCGAUGGCUUCGAGAGCAGAGGGAGCAGAGCAGGGCCUCACUUCCCAGACGCCGGGGGUACGGGGGCGGAGGCGACCUGGCCCCGACCACUGAAGACUACACCAGCCAGGUGGCCCGCUGCUUCAGUGUGAUCCUAGCGCUCUGCUAA